UGUGCCUUUAUAGAGUCCAGGUAGAGCACAAAUGUUUAGACACGUCUCGCUGCGGGAGGGAGAAGAGAAAUGCACACGUUCUUUGACAAUAACAAAAACGAGUCACUCUGACCUACAAACUGCAGUGGUGUGAGCAGUGUGAAGAUGGAGGGUGUUCUGGAGGCUGCACUCUUUCUGUGUGUGUUUAAAGUGUCGUGUAGCUCUCUUCUGUUCCUGCCUGCAGUCAUACGCUCCGUCUCCGCCGUCAGUCUCUGCUGCAUGUGCCUGCUGUUAUUCACCGACCUCGCUGUCACCCUGUUCCUGUUCUUCGUCUGGAUCACCGAGUCCUGGUUAAUCCUUUUCCAAGUGUCUUCGGACGUGAUUGCACUUCGAUUCCUCCUCUUUCUGUCUCAGGUCUAUGGAGUGGUGCUGAUGUUGACCCCACCUCUGAUCGCUGUUGAACUGAUGGUUCAUCUGCUGCGCUCUCAGGAGAACACGGAGCUGGAUAAGAAGGAUGAAAAUACACUCUCGAGAACGAUGGGCUUCCUCGGUUGUCUUCUUGUGUGGAUCGUGAGCGGGAUUCAUAGCAGUAACAAUUGGAAGGUGGGACAGAUUUCAACAGAAACCUGUCUGGAUAGAGGCUCCUGCCUUGUAAACUGUCUUCCCGGCUUUUUCAUGACCCCCACUCCCGGUAUGGAGGAACUUUCCUGGAUUGUUCCCGCUAUGGUGGUUCUGUUGAGUCUGACCGGAGGACUGGGCCUCCUCAAGACAAAAUCAGCCCAUCGAUUCACUCAUUCACCUGAAAACACACCGACACAGAGGGGCGGGAGAAAGGGCCCGGUUGGCCUCCAACUAACGCCAAUAUGGUGGCCCAUGCUUGACAAAACUGCCAAUCUGUACGUGUCACCGAGUUCUGGCACACAGUCAAAAAGAACACCCGACAGCUGUGCAGUUUACAGGGCUGGGUUUGUUUACAAUGAGGAACGAUGGUUCUGUCUGGGAAAUGUCGCCCUGUGUUCUUACCAAACAGGUUUUGCGGACAGUUUUGUUCGGCAACAAAAGCUCUCAACCAGCCGUGCACCACUUUUGCAGUCCAAAACUAAACCUCUAGUGGAGAUAAGAUCACCCGAGGACUGUGAAAUGGAGCAUUGUGAUUGCAAAAAGACAGAAUCGGUUGUGAACGAAACACUGGAGUGUCAAAGAAAACAGUCGGAGAGGGAAAAUCCCUGCCUGGGGGAAGAAAUGUUCAGAGGACUUGUGUGUGGCGUUCUGGUUUGUGCAUUUCCCACAGUUUUUAGUGGUAACGUUCUCCUUAUUUUAAAUUUGGAGACCCUGGUGGUGCACACUAUGAAACUGUUAUCUUAGUGAGUCCCCGUUCUUUAAGCGAAACCCAAAAAUGUGAUGUAAAUGUAUGAAUUGGUGCUCGCACAAACACAGAAUUUACAAGCUGACUAGUCCAGAAAUCACAGGGUAACAAAAAUAAUGGCAUGCAAAUACAAAAAGCGCAUUAACUACUAACUACUUUAAACUCUUGUGCUUGUGCUAAAAGGUGUUACGAGGUCACUUGAAAACUACGAAAAAGCAAACGGUCGAUCCAUCAAUGUCCCUGUAAUAAAAUACAAAUACAUUUGAUGGAUCGUCCAUGCAUAGGUACUGCAGGAGGGACCCGAGUAAAAUCUGAUAUAUUCGGAAGAGAUGUUAAAAAUUCACGAGGUGCGUUUUGUCUUGGUUUCAACAAGGAAAUAAAAAACUGUCCGUUUUGAGAGUGCCAGCUGGUUUCAUGUCAGAUUGUUAUUUUUAAACCAAAAUCGGUUCAAGGUUUAGGGCACCGAAACAACAGUGACAUACAAGAAGUGGCACAAAGUAUUGAAAAUCAAAUAUUUUUGCAAUCAAAUAUUUUUUUGCCUACAGAAAUGCUUCAAGGCAAUGGAGAUGCGUCACGAGCACAUUCAUCAAGCAUCUUCUCCAACCUGUCAUUGAGUUGGAAUCAGUACAAUGGAAUGCAAGGGAUUUGUAAGGAGAUGCGUUCGUGACCAAACAUGCUGAAAUGAGAUCGAUCACGAUGCUGGCUGAUCUCAGUGUGAGGGAAUUUAACCGGUCGGAUGAGGUUACGACUUUUGAAGUAUAGCCUUUCGACACCAGAGGUCUCCCUGCGCUGUGUCUUGAGGUGAUCUGAAACAGGAUCUUUAGAAAAGCUUUUGUUGAAACAGUCGUUUCGUUUCAGCUCUUCUCUAGGAGCCGUUCAGGACUUUCAAAGAAUACCAGAGGGCAAACGCUGUAUUGACAGCAUCAACUUCGAAAGAAUUAUGACUUGCAUGGGCAAGUCACGCGAUUUCAUAUUGGUGAUUUGUACAAAAAAUAAGAAAGGGAAGGACAGAGAAAAACACUAACAUAUAGUUUGAUCGUUACACAAACCUUCACAAAGAUUAAACUAUAUAUAGUGCCAUGAAUCAGAAACAUUUUUCAGCAUCACCCGGUGCUUUCAAAUUCAAACCAAAAAUGCAGUCAAGGUACAGUAGGUAGCUCACAAGGUUGACAUUAUUGAAGUGUGAGACAGUGAUGUACAUAUAACAACAGUGUCUUCAAGACAGUGAAACAGCAUUCUUUCUAUCUUUUGUCUCCUUUACAAAAACUAUUCUCUGAGCUGAAACUCCACACCAGCUCAUUCAGGGAGGGGGACAUGACAGCAUCGCUUUUCCACAGAUAUCAAGGUACAAAAUGUAUAGGGCACUUUUUACCUGUCUACAUUACAUGAUAAAGUGCUUUCAGGAAGAAUAUGAGAUCUUUAAUGACACAAUUCACCCAGAAUCCAAACAUGUUGGCAGCAUUACAGUGUCAUUGAAAAACAAAAGUACUCAUAAAACAAGCCGUAUUACUGUGCAGCUCCCUGGUGGUUCAUUGAGCUAUGUUCAACAAAGGUUGAUGCAAUGAUUUCAUUAAAAAUGCAAGAAAAAUCAAUUCUUCCCCUUGCACGCAAGUCAUUUUUCUGCAGUCUGGAGGACCGGGUGCCACUGACAAAUCGGAACACAUUGUUUUCAGACAGAGAGAACGAUUUGUCACCGACUGUGUCUCCUGACGCGUCAUCUUUGGAACUGUUGAAAAAUGAGACAACUGAGCAGAAGUCUCGCCUGUUUGCUAAAGAUUGCAAAGAGAAAAACAUCUGAAAUCCAUGCAUACAUGUAAUAGCCAUCAUGUAAUUUAUUUGACAAACUGGUCAUACUGAACAAAAAUGACUUGCGAAUAGACAAAAUGUACAGUUCCUGUGGUUUAAUGGCAGGGAUGUGUAUUCACGGUUCUGGAAGAAAACAACUUGGGCUUCUUGUUAAAUCACGGAAUGUACAAUUUCCACAAAGCAGGUAAAACUUGUUUAAAUAUGUAGAAAUGCUUCCUUUAGGAUCUCUUUGAUUUGAUUCAUUGUUUAAGCUUUAUGAAAAUGAAAACCCAAACAAAAACGUGUUGAUUUUGGACCCUGCAUUAUAGUAUUAAACACAAUAAAGACUCUUCAACUGUU